UACACAUGCGGCUAACUCGUUCGUUCGCUCGCUCGCUCGCUCGCUCGCUUGUUCACACACACACACACACACACACAACUUCUCGCCGCCUCAAGGGAGCUUUCCCAAGAAGGAGUUCCAAGCUAAAUAUCACAUAUGCAUUGUUAGGGGCUCUCUUCUGACUGUGUGGUGCUGCUGUUUGUUAGUCCAGCUUUUCCACAAGGAGUUGUCCAGAAACAUCAUAUAUAUAAAGCCCCGCCUUCUCCGGACAACUCCUCUUUUAAAAGAGUUAAAGGGAAGCAACAACAACAACAGCAGCAGCGACAGCAUCAUUAUUACCACUACCACUUCACAAACCCUCUCUUCUUCACUUGUUCCAGUUUGCCACUCCACAAUGACCAGCGACUGCACUAUCUGCUCAAAAACGGUUUAUGUCACCGAAAAGGUCGAAGCCAACGGCAGACGAUAUCACAAGACAUGUUUCAAGUGCUCAGAAAAGGGAUGUCGGCUGUCGAUAACCAAUUUCCAGUCCCACGACGGCCAUCUCUUCUGUCAGAAGCAUGUGCCGAAGCUUCAGGCGAUCAUCAAGCCAGCGCAUCACGGCAGAGCACGUAGCGACAGCGAUGGCAAACAGCAGCAAAAGCAACAGCGGAUGCGCCGCCACCAGGAAGGCGACGACGAUGGCGACGACAUCUAGAUACAACAUUUUUAUUUUUUAUAUAUAUUUUUGUAAAUCAAAAAAAAAAAGAAGAAGAAAAAACUGUGCAUUAUGUGGUUUCUUCGCCUCG